AUGAUAGCAAACUAGUUCGAGUAAUGCAAGGUGAAGAAGAUUAUGAGCAAAGAAAUAAACAUGGUCACUUCACAGCAAAACUUUUAGAAGUACCCAAAGGAGCUUCUGAAGUGCUGUUGUUAUGA